ACACCUAGGUCCUUUUCCAGUUUGUUUAUCUAUUUUGGCAUGCAGACUGAGUAGCAGUAUUGCUAGGUCCAAGGAUAUGCAUGAUUUUAUAGUCCUUUGGCAGUAGUUCCUAAUUGCUUUCCAGAAUGGUUGGAUCAGUUCAAAAUUCCACCAACACUUCAUUGUGUAGAAUUAUAUGGAUCUAAGAUAGUGUUUUUAUUGGUGCUUCUUAUUGAAUUUUCCUUGCUCAUUAUUCUAGUGAUAUGUUGUAAUGGUCAUGUUUUGACAAUGUUGAGACAGUUGAGACAGAAAGAAUACAGGACUACCAAUUAGGAGUUUAAUCUUGACUUUGGUACUAAAUUGUUUUUGUAAACUAAGGCAUACUAAGUAAGUCUCAUUGUAAAGAGCCUAGAAUAAAUGAUUAUCAGUGUUUAGCUCGAACAUACUAUGUCUGGUUCUCUGUAUCUGGGAACUUAAAACAAAAUUGUCCCCUGCUCCAUGACUGGGUCUCUUCCUUGAGUUCAAAUAUUUGAGUGUGGUUUCUUCCUAGAGAAGCAUUGUAGGUCAGUGCAAAGGCAUUGGAUUUGAAAUAAGGAAGUAGUGAUCAUCUUGGAGUAUCAUGUAAAUGGUCAUUUAAAACUUGCACAACAACCUAGUGUAAACUAUUGAAAAAGAUACUAAUAUCAUGCUCUGUAUUUUAGGUACAAGGCUUCCAGAAACAAUUUAAUUUAACAUUAAUCUGAUAAGUCAUUUCUGCCUUCAGAUUGACCCAUGCCCUCCAACAUGGACAAUUUGAGAUGAACAAACUGAGGCAUCAUUAUUUGCUCAUGGACACACAUUUUUAAGGAGGGAUCAUGGCCUAGUCAAAAAGCAAUCAACCUCGACGAUUCUGAAGCUUUGGGUUUGCUGGGCUCUGUUACACAUUUACCAUGGCAAAGAUCCUGACUCCCCUGAGACUGAGGGGUUGCUGGAUGUUGUGCCAAAACCACCAUCGCACCUUUGGAUCGAGUGAAGAUAUUAUUACAGGCACAUAAUCACCAUUACAAACAUUUAGGAGUGUUUUCUGCUUUGUGUGCUGUCCCCAAAAAGGAAGGUUAUCUUGGGUUGUAUAAAGGAAAUGGAGCAAUGAUGAUUAGAAUCUUUCCAUAUGGUGCAAUUCAGUUUAUGUCCUUUGACCAUUAUAAAAAGCUAAUUACCACGAAACUUGGGAUUUCUGGACAUAUACACCGGCUAAUGGCUGGUUCCAUGGCAGGUAUGACAGCAGUCAUCUGUACUUACCCACUUGACAUGGUUAGAGUUCGCCUGGCAUUCCAGGUGAAAGGAGAACACACAUACACAGGAAUUGUUCAUGCAUUCAAAACAAUUUAUGCAAAGGAAGGUGGCUUUCGUGGGUUUUACAGAGGACUGAUGCCUACUAUUGUAGGAAUGGCUCCCUAUGCAGGGGUUUCAUUUUUUACUUUUGGUACCUUAAAGAGUGUUGGUCUCUCCAGUGCUCCUACUUUACUUGGAAGACCUUCAUCAGACAACCCUAAUGUCUUAGUUUUGAAAACGCAUAUAAACCUGCUUUGUGGUGGUAUUGCUGGAGCAAUAGCACAGACUAUAUCUUAUCCACUUGAUGUAACUCGUCGUAGAAUGCAAUUAGGGACUGUUCUCCCAGAUUCUGAAAAGUGCCUUACAAUGUUGAAGACACUGAAGUAUGUCUAUGGACACCACGGGAUUCGAAGAGGGCUCUAUCGGGGCCUAUCCCUUAACUACAUUCGCUGUGUUCCCUCCCAAGCCGUGGCGUUCACAACCUAUGAGCUCAUGAAGCAAUUUUUGCACCUCAACUGAAGUCGUGUUUUUCCUUAAGAAACUAUCCAGGCAAACACAUGUAUAUCUAUUAUAUAAAUAUAUAUAUA